AUAGCAUAUUGGCGCCAAGCCGAAUGUGAGGGAAAUCAAGAGAGCGCGAGCGCGAGCGCAGCCAAACAAAACCCCCAUCCAGACUCACAGAAAAGACUAAAGAGAGACAUGGCGGAAGAAGAACAAGAGGCGACUCCCGAGCAGCUGGAGGAGGAGUUCUCAGUGUGGAAGAAGAACACACCCUUCUUGUACGAUCUCGUCAUCUCGCACCCUCUCGAAUGGCCCUCUCUUACCAUCCACUGGAACCCCUCUUGGGUCCCUCAGCCCUAUGCGGCCGAUCCUUCUUUUUCUGUUCAUAAACUCGUACUCGGAACCCACACCUCCGAUGAUGUCCCCAACUUCCUCAUGAUCGCUGACGCUGUCCUCCCCACCAGCGAAUCUGAGGGCAACUGUGACGGUAAUGGUGAAAUUACUGUGAUGCCCAAGGUGGAGAUAGCACAGAAGAUUCAUGUUGAUGGAGAAGUGAAUAGGGCAAGGUGGAUGCCGCAAAACUCAGCUAUUGUUGGUGCCAAGACAAGUGGUUCUGAGGUGUAUGUGUUCGAUUGUACCAAACAAGCAGAGAAGCAGCAAGGGGUUGAUUGUUAUCCUGAUUUGAGGUUAAGGGGUCAUGAUAAGGAAGGAUAUGGGUUGUCUUGGAGUCCUUUAAGGGAAGGCUAUCUUUUGAGUGGUUCACAUGAUCAGAAGAUAUGUCUAUGGGAUGUCUCUGCUAUGGCUCAAAAUAAGGUGCUCGAUGCAAUGCAUGUGUAUGAGGCUCAUGAAAGCGUGGUUGAGGAUGUUUCAUGGCAUUUGAAGAAUGAGAAAUUAUUUGGUUCUGUGGGGGAUGACUGCCAACUAAUAAUUUGGGAUUUGCGAACAAAUGAAAAGCAACAAUCUGUCAAAGCUCAUGAAAGAGAGGUUAACUAUAUAUCUUUCAAUCCAUUUAAUGAAUGGAUUUUGGCUACAGCCUCAUCAGAUGCUACAGUUGGUCUCUUUGACAUGAGGAAGCUGGAUGUUCCAUUGCAUGCUUUGGGUGGCCACACAGAGGAGGUAUUCCAGGUAGAAUGGGAUCCUAAUCAUGAGACAGUGCUGGCAUCAUCUGCUGAUGACAGAAGGUUAAUAGUUUGGGACAUUAACAGGAUUGGAGAUGAGCAAUUGGAGCUAGAUGCAGAGGAUGGCCCGCCUGAGCUUCUUUUUUCUCAUGGAGGUCACAAAGCUAAAAUAUCAGACUUCUCAUGGAACACAAAAGAACCAUGGGUCAUUUCAAGCGUCGCAGAUGACAACACCCUGCAGGUCUGGCAAAUUGCCGAAAGUAUUUAUCGGGAUGAUGAUGACAUGCAAGCUGCUGAUAAAUAGCUGUAGAAAACUGCCUACAUUUUCUAAAUCUCAUGCUUUGAAUUAUUAUUCUGUAGCUCGAAACUUUAUUACUUGAUCAUUCAAUAUGGUUCAUAUUAAUGAGAUUGCUAAACAUGUCUAUCAAGUGCUGGUUUUACC